AUGUCUGUCAUUACUCAAUUGCGAAAAGAACAGCAGCAACGAAACGCGCUACAGGUGAAAAAGUUCAACGACGCAUGGAACAUCCAGCAAACGGCAGAGCCAGAGACGCUUGUAAGUGUCGCGGCAGAGGAACCAACGGACAGACCCUCUUUUGUUACCGGUGCACCCAAGCAGAUCCAACAUGUUGAGCAUGCUUUCGUACGAGAUGAGCGUCCUGGUCCGAGUAAGACUUUAGGGACGUAUUCUCAGUAUUCCGGCUCUCUACCGGCUGCAAAUAACAUCGAAUGUCGAACGGGCACACAAAAAGGCACACAAGCUGGAGAGAUGGAUAGCGAAAUGUACUCGAGGGCGGUGGCAACAAGCUUAACUACAACGCGCAAUGUCUCCGAAAAACGGGAACGUUCUCGUGAACGUUCGCGUACCCGGCAUUCUAGACGUUAUUCGCGUAGUCGUUCAAGAAGCCCGCCUCGACGACGUAGACGGCGGAGCCCUGCCAGAAGUCGCCGCCGAAGCAGAUCCUAUUCUCGUUCGCGAUCAUCUUCUCGAAAUUCAGAGCGAUCGCACUCUCAAAGCUCACGUGAUUCUCGUGACGGAUCCCGGCAAAGAUCCCGUACCCGUCGUAGCCGCAGGACGGAUGAAACGACAAUGAUAAAGACCAUGGUGGCCACGAUAAUGCAAGUAAUGAACCCAACAUUGGCCUUAGUUAAUAACGCAUCGAUUUCUUCCACGACCAAAGAGGCCCAUAUUCAACAUUUAACUAGCAACCGUACAUUGCCAAAGACAUUAACGCCUAAUCGAACUCCUCCCGAAAUUAUUUCAAUGGAUUCGUCAGUCCAACUCGCAGAAGAUGUAUGCUCCAAGUAUGACGUUUCCACAGAACUAUUUUUGGAAGGCAAAUUGAACUUCAGCGAUUUUCUUGCAUUGAAGCCAUCAUCAGCGCAGCAAUCGACUUCGAUCAUCCCAAAUGUGUCGAAGCGCAUAAACGAAGCUAUCCUAGUCCUGCAAGAGCAAGAUGCGAAGAAACCAUCAGCACGGUUCUUGUAUGUGCCGCCUACAUACUACGAUGAAAAGAAGAACGAAGAAAUCCAUCGUUCACCGUUAAUCUGGAAUUCGGAGAAUGUGUUAUACAGCUUCACGUCCCACUCGAAGGAAGUCCAACGAUGCCAACCAUUUCGAAAUGUUAACAGUAAAUUGAAGGACAUGAUUUACAAGCUCGGUCUGGAUGAGGGAGUCCUAUCGCAACAACUUGAACAAAUCGUCUAUCGAACCGCCGCAAAUGAUGGUGCAAAUACUUCACGUGGUUCAUUUUCUCGCAUCCAAGCCAUUACCACGCUGCCUCCGAAGCCUGGGAGUAAAAAAGUACGACACAUGAUUGAAAGGGCCGUACAAACGGAGGGAUACGCCUGCAUGGGAUGCAUUGCGAAAGCAAAGAAAACGUUUGUUUCUAGAAUCACGCAAACAAGACCGAGUCCCGCUCGUACGGAUGCGAACGUUCAAACAGAUGGUCUGCCACCAACUGCCCCGUUCAUCUCGCUGGAACAUUUUACUCCUCUCCAGGCCGAGACGAUUCAAGUAAUCGUGCAUUUCAUCAGAGCCCGCCAGUUGUCUGGAUCGUUGGAAAGUAUCGAACAUGCAUUGCGGUGGGACCCGACGGCGACGACCAUUAUGAGUCCGGUCAUACAACAAAACGCCCAAAAACUCUUGGCGCAAGUGAGAACCCAGCAACAUCAAGCCUAUGGUUCAACCCCUAUGGCACGGUUGCCUGUAUUGGACCCGCAACCACCUCAGCAGUAUGCGAUACAACGGGAUCCUCGUAUGAACUCAAUGAGUAGUGCUAUACGUAGUUCAAGUGCCAAUUCAGCGCAAGUAAUAGUACCCGCUUGCUUCACUAACCCGCAACCAGUAUCAAAACACGCUAAGAAAAAGUUGAAAGAAAAGCAAAAACAGCACCAUUGGUAA